CCAGCCACAUCGCUCCCUAGUUAUAGCUCGUACUAUUCAUCUCCCAUAUAAUCUCUAGGUCCUCAUCAUCCAAGCCUAGAUCCUAAGCCUAGCCCUCACUCUCGCCCCCACCAAUUAAUGUACCUCUCAGCAACAAGACGGACUCUAUCCCUCCCCAACCUCAACCCCAUAAUCCCCCUCGCAACAAUCCCAAAAUGUAAGCGCGUACCACACACGCGAACACUUCACAUCCCGACCACCCAACCCUGGGAAGAAGAAAGACUACCCUUCUACCGGCCGGAGGAAUUCUACCCCGUACACAUCGGAGAAAUCUUGCAUUCAAAGUACCGGGUAGUGGGCAAACUAGGCUACGGGUCCGAUUCGACGGUAUGGCUAUGCCACGACCAGAGCGAACAAAGAUACACAGCCAUCAAGAUCCAAACAACCACCCACUCCGCGCAGUCCCUAACCGGAGAGUUACGAGUCUACGACCAUCUAAGCAAACUCCGUUCAACACAUAUCGGAGGCGUAUAUAUCCGGGGCUUGUACGAGACGUUCGAUGUAUCCGGUCCGGACGGUGUCCAUAGAUGUCUGGUGCAUCCGCCGAUGCACAUGUCGUUGCAUGAGCUGCGACGGAUGUCUUCUUCUUCGUGGGGGCUUAGCGAUGGAAUUCUGAAGCAGACUUUGGGGUGCGUUCUCCAAGCGCUGGAUUUCUUGCAUUCGGUGGCCGGAGUUGUUCAUUCUGAUAUCAAAGCUUCGAAUAUCAUGCUCAGUAUCGAUGAUGAUACGAUGCUAGCUGAUUUUGAGAAAGCGGAGUGCGAGAGCCCGAGUCCGCGGAAGGUUGUCAACCAGCAUAGAACGACCUACGUCUCGCGGAAGCUCCGCUUCCCGAAGGACGGGCUAUGGGGCCAGCCUGUUCUCUGUGAUCUGGGACACGCCCGGAUCGGACUCUCGCAUCGCGGACUCAUCCAACCGGAUACCUAUAGGGCCCCGGAGGUCCUCUUUGAUAUGGAAUGGGGCCCGAGUGUUGAUAUCUGGAACCUGGGGGUCAUGGUGUGGGAUGUCUUUGAAGAUAAACAUCUGUUUCAUGCGCUUGACGAGGACGGAGAUUACUCCCCUUCCCACCAUGUAGCUGAGAUGGUGGCAUGUCUUGGACUGCCCCUUCUGUCUUUUGUAAAACGGAGUCAAGAUACUCGCCAUGUUUUUACCGACGAUGGCAAAUGGCUGGGUGCGGGGGGCGUCACCAUCCCUACGGCUUCGCUGGAAGCAUCUGAGGAAUCCCUUUGUGGAGACGACAUCAAUCAGCGCUUGUUUCUUCAAUUCAUACGUUCCAUGUUGCGGUGGGUGCCUGAAGAGAGGAAGACGGCGAAAGAGCUGCUGGAGGACCCGUGGCUUGAUUCGUCGGUGUAA